AUGAAUUAAGAAAUCCCUAUAGAUUUGGGAUCAAAUAUUGAAGAGAGUGCUUUAAUAGCAAAUUAAGACCAUAACUUUUUUGAUAUGAAUUUUAUGAUAUUACCAGAUAUUUUAGAUAAAAUAGCUGAAUAAUUGUAAAUAAAUCCUGAAGUGAUAUCAUGUAAAGAAUAUCAAGAAGCAAGACAAAGGUUAUUGUUUAAAAUGCUUAAAUAUGAGAUUGGUUUAGAAAUAUUGAUAAAAUUGGUGUAUAGGCGGGAUUAAUCACCAUUAAAUGGUUAUUAUUACUUGAAAAAACUAGAUGAUAUGGCAUAUAUAAUUUAUGAGAUUCAUAAUAAUUUAUUAAAUUAGGCAAUAUAGAAUUAGUAUUUAGAGGUUUAGAAAUAGAUUUCAAAUCAUAUUGUGAAACUAUUUAACUCAAUAAUAAGUAUAAAAUUUAUUAGAAAAUAGAUCGAAAGUAAAAGGAAAUCAACAAUUUACCACUUUCUGAUAUUGCAUAAAAAGAUUUGAACAACUUAUAAUAAAAAUUCAAUAGAAUAAUUGAUAUAAAUUGUUUUUUAAGAAACUAUGAAUUUUAUGAAAAGCAUAGUGAACUUAUUUUAAAAUUAUUGAAUAAACCUUAAAAUAAAUUAUUAAAAAAGGUGAUCCUUUGUAAAAUAACAAUAGAAUAGUUUGAGUAAUUAUUAUUCUUAAGGAUGUCAAAUUUAACAAUUUAUUAAUAAGAGCUAUUAAUAACAUAUGUUUUAAAAAAUUAAGAAAUUCAAAAUGCAAAUAUAGUAACAGCAAAGUAUUUUUGUUUGUAUUCUGCAAUAUUUUUAAUGGAUUCAAGCAGAUUUGAGUAGUAUUAAUAGAAUGAAUAAAAUUAGCAUUUAUUUGAAUACAAUGAAUAAAAUGAAUACAAUGAAUAGAAUGAAUAAAAUGAAUACGAUGAAUAGAAUGAAUAGAUUUAAUACAAUGAAGAGAAUUAUAGUUAAAUUAUAAAGUUUAUGAUGUUCUACUAUUUUGAAUUAGAAAAUUGGAAAUUAUUGGUUAUAGAAAGAUUAAUAGAAUUACGUUUAGUAUAAGAUGCUUAUGAAAUAUUAUUGGCUAGUAAGAUUGAUUGGAAUAAUUUAAGCAAUAGUGAUAUAAUAAUAAGAUUAUUGAUUGCAUCUAAAAGAUCAUAGUAAGCUUAUGUUUAUGUAACAGAAUUGAAAGAUAAUCAAACUUUAAAAUAUUUUGUUAAAUAGAUGUUAAAUUAGCAUGAUACAUAUAAUUUAUUAUAGAUUGAAUUUACUGCAGAAUAGGAUUAAAUAGUUAAUGAUAUAAUUAAGAAUUUAGCAGAUACAAAAUUAUUAAUAGAAUUUGUAAAGAAGUUAUUAAGAACAAGAAAGUAUUUUUAGGCAAUAUAAUUUUAUUAAAAGUUAAAAAUGGGACCCUUAGAUUUUGACUUAUAGAAUAUAAAGGAUGUAUAAAUUUUGAUUAAUAAUAUUAAUAGUUAAUUAAUAAAAGAAUUGUUUAACUUCCAACAAUAGAGAAAGAAUAUUAUUAAGCAAAAAUGGAUGGUAAAUAAUUAGAUGAAGAUUAAUUAUUGAUUGAAGCAAUAUUUGAAAAUUAAGUUAGAGAAAUUGAAGAAAAGAAUUAAGAAUAAGGAAUAAUAAAAUAUUUUGCAGAAUAACCAAUAAAAGAUUAAUAGAAAUAUAUUAAUUGUUGUGGAUGGAUUAGAGAAAAUCAUUUAGGUAUCAUAGUUUGA